AUGGCGGACACGGAUUACAACAGACGGAACAAGGCACCACGACCUCUGUCGGAGGCCGAAAAGGAGCGCCUGGAGGAAUAUAUCGACUCAAUUCACUACUCUCCUCGUUAUUCCGACGAUGACUACGAAUACAGACAUGUUCAACUACCAAAGGCUAUGCUGAAGGCCAUCCCAAAAGAAUAUCAUGAUCCGUCAAAAGGGACCUUGAAAUUGCUCUGGGAAGAAGAAUGGAGAGCGAUAGGUAUUACCCAGAGUCUAGGAUGGGAGCAUUACGAGGUGCACGAACCGGAACCACAUAUCCUCUUGUUCAAGUAAGCUUCCCACCGUUCUGAAACCGAAAAAAAAAGGAAGCAUCCUAACAAUCCCCAGACGCCCGAUCAACUACGUGCCCCCGGCACAAUGAGCCCACCCUCCUCUUUAAAUAGACACUACGGCGUUCAUCAACAGCGGUGCCGCUCGCGGCGGCUCUAGAUUUCAGCACGAAGCGGAGUUCGGAAUUCACAAUCAGCAUAUUUUUUGCAUGCGUGUGCGUCGACGAGUUUUCGACGCCUGACAUCAUGUCCCUCGUCAUCUCGAAAAUGGACUUCCAGCUGACACAUACUGGGUUAUUCUUCGAAUAAGUAUUGUCUUGUGUAUCAAACCAGUGCGUUAAGACGGGUUUUUAUGACAGAUAUUUCUGAAUUCAAUGAUGGAACUAUGCUUAAAGUGCCUUCGGUGAAUCUCCAGUGCUUUGCAUCUGGAUUUGUUGGACUGAUGUCUAUGUGAAUCUCCCGUGGCCUUGGAAAUAUCCGACUUUUAUUGCCUCUGCCUGGACCCUGGCUACGACCCCUCGGAUAAGACUGCUCCCUUUACCUUUCCUUCCCCUGCCCCGGCAACAGCUCACCA